AUGGCGUCCGUGUCCACCGCCGCUGCCUCCCUGCUCACCGUCGCACUCGUGUUCGCGUUUCUCGCGCGCAAGAGACGCAGGAGCACGCUCCCUCUACCUCCGGGGCCGCGCCCCCUGCCGUUCAUCGGCAACGCCCUCGACAUGCCCUCGAAGGAGAUGCGUACUGCCUUCAGGGAGAUGAACGAGAAGUACGGCGACAUCGUCUAUCUCGACGCGCUCGGGCAGCCCAUGAUCAUCGUCGGGUCGCACGAGGUCGCGGUGGACCUCUUGGACAAGCGCUCGUCAAACUAUUCAGACCGGGGCUCAUCAGCAAUGAUUGACAUUGUGGGCGCCGGGUGGGCUGUCACUUUGCUCAGGUAUGGAGAAGAGUGGAGACGCCACCGGCGCGCGAUCCAUCAGUACUUCAACGCGGGCGCCGUGGCACAGUACGCGAAGUCGCAGAAGCUGGAGACGCACCGGCUAGUACGCCGACUGAUCGACGACCCAGAGCACUUCCGAAAUCACCUCAGGCACUUUUUUGGGUCGUCUGCGCUGCGCAUUUCGCACGGCAUAGAAGUGGACGACGAACCUGUGGACUACCUCAAGAUCGCAGAUGACGCGAUGGAUAUAUUCGCGGCCGCGUUUGAGCCAGGGAAGUACCUCGUCGAAAUCAUCCCUUGGCUCGCGCGCAUGCCGUCCUGGUUCCCGGGGGCCGGAGCGAAGCGCGACGGGGAGGUUUGGAGACCGAUCAUCUACAAGAUGGUCUCAGCACCGUGGGAUGCAGCCAUGGAGAAGAUGCGGCUGGGAACGGCGAGUCCGUCCAUGGUUAAAGGCCUCGUGGAGCAAAUGCGAGAAGACGACGGACCUGACCAAUUGGAGGUUAUUAAGAGCGCCGCAGCGGUGACGUUCGCCGCCGGUUCAGAUACAACUUUCUCGACGAUGCAGACCUUCUUCAUGGCGAUGACGAUGUACCCCGAGGUUCAGAAAAAGGCUCAAGACGAACUCAUGGCCGUCAUUGGCCCCCAUCGCCUUCCGGAAAAGGACGACGAACCUUCUCUCCCGUAUAUACAAGCGAUAACCAAAGAGUGCAUCCGUUGGCGCUCUGUAGUUCCGCUCAACGUGCCACACCGCUCCUUAGAAGACGACGAGUACAAGGGCUACUUCAUCCCCAAGGGUUCAAUCAUCAUCACUAACAUAUCCGCGUUCUCACAUGACCCCAUAAUGUAUCCGAACCCGGACGUCUUCAGCCCCGAGCGGUUCCUCAAGAAUGGCAAGAUAGACCCCGCUGUCCACGACCCCGCUACAAUGGCAUUUGGGUACGGUCGCCGGGUGUGUCCUGGAAAGCACUUUGCCGAAACCUCGCUGUUCAUCGUGAUCGCCACGGUGCUCCACACACUUAGCUUGUCCCCGGUAGUCGGACCCGACGGCCAGCCGAUUAUGCCGUCAGGAAAAAUGACACAUGGAUUACUCUCAUACCCCGAACCAUUCCAGUGCGACAUAAAGUCGCGAUCGUCCGAACUUGAGGCGUUAAUUCGCUCGAGCUGCACUAACAUGCAGGGUGUUCGUGCGGCACAAUCCUGA